AUGGAUAAAGCACUGCAAGAUGCGCGCACACACACUGCUACUCUCAAGACUCACCUCGACCGUCUCUGGAAGAUCAUACCACCUGCUAAGCACGUCUCCGAAGAGUCCGCCGCCAAAGCUCAGCAGGUCUUCGACACGCCCGAGCUUCUCGAGGACAUUAUCUCGUACCUCAACACACCUGGAAAGCUCAAGGUGAUGGGAGUGCAGCGCACUUGGCGGAACACUAUCCUGGGCUCGACUCGAUUGCAGAAAGCAAUAGGUCUUCUUCCUUACGACGACGGCAUCUACUACUCGCCAUUCUCGAAGCGCUUCUAUGGCGGUACAUACAGUCUGUUGAACCAGAGAAACUUUGGGUGGGGAUUAGGUGGCAAUAAUAUGCCUGGCGGUACCUACGACGACUCAAACGGCAACUUCAGAUGGGACGAGGAUUCUGAGUACUCCUUCUGGACUAUCAACCAUAUGCCAGUCACCGAAGAUCCCACAAAGCUCGAGAUUAACAUUGAGUGGACCACCAGUAUGAAGCUUGGCUCUCGGAUCGAGUCCAUGCUGAUCUGUGAUCCACCUGUCAAGAAUAUCUCGGCCAUGACGCGUUGUGCAUAUAACUGCGACCAAGUCGGCAACAGUUAUCAUCCUAGUAGAGCCCGGUACGGACUCACAUCAUCCUCUUCCGUCGGCUUCACCCUUGGCGAGCUACAUCAAGUCUCAAAAGAGAUCAUUGCAAAGCACCCCAAUUGCAGAUGCCACGGAGUAAUCUUCGAAACUACAGUUCCACUUCUGAAAUCUGAUCCCGUCCUGAUCCAUCGCCGUUCGCUCGAGCAGCGCGCUCAUGAGAAGCGCAUUCUCCGCCGUGAAAAGCGACGUCUGCGCCGAGAAGAAGAGAGUGCCAGAGAUCGAGAAGCCCAGCAAGCACUAGUACAGGAGGAGGUGGAGAGGUACCCGUCUCAUGACCACGAAGCUGGAUACUCCGACGACGAGGACCUGAGACUGGGUUAUAGCAAUGGGCCGGAGUCAGAGGACGAUGAUAAGGGAGACUACGAACAGAGGACAUCCCAAGAGCGAGACCACGAGCAGCCUUCGUCCCCAGCCUCACGACCACAAGCACGUCUCGAGUUCCAUCGUCCCCAGACACAAACGAUUUCAGCUACCGGCCCGGACAGAGAGGCUCUCGGUCCACGUCGAUCAGCAGCUCCUCCUCAGUACUCACCCACCUCACCAGAAUACUCACCUACUUCACCGGGAUGGCAAACCAGAUCACCGCAAUACUCACCAACUUCUCCGCAGUAUUCGUCAGCCUCACCGCAGUACUCGCCAACUUCUCCACAGUACUCGCUCACUUCACCGGCACUCGCACCGAUAUCUCCACGAUACUCUGCAACAUCGCCACGCCACGAGUCAAGCAACGAGGAAGAGGUGGAACGUGAGCAUUCAACAUUCCGUAUUUUCACUGAGGAGGAGCUGCUAGACAUGUAG